UCAAGAGAUUCUUCACCAGUACUCCAGCCAACGUAUGAUAACUGCAUGGACAGUCGCAGCUUAACCGACCUUUUAAAAGGUACGGUUGAAGGGCAGCUUGUGCUUCACUUUCAGCAGAAAAAUGGUUUCUUGGACGCCAAGCAGCAGAUUACAAUGUGUCACUGCGUAAUAGAGAAUUAUAUAGGAAGGCGGAAAAAACUGACAUAUGGAGAAAUGCAAAAGUGGGCCAACAUCAUCUGCGAUGUAUUCCCCAAAGAGAAUCCGAUAAGUAUUACGAAAAGAAGUGCUGGCUGCAGAAUAAUUGCACACCAUGGGAACAGGUUAUUGAUUACUGGAAGUCAAAGAAUUAUAGAUAUCCAUAACGCCAGUUCUUUAAGCUGCAUUUUUAGUGAAUAUCCGCGCUAUAAGGACUUUCGUGGAUAUGAACUUGUAGAAAUAGACUUUGAGACUCUUUACCCCGGGAAAGGAAAUAUGUUAUUUUUGAAAUUGGAGAAGUUUUAUAAAGAAAUCAUCAAAAUUUUUGAUAGAGAUAUAAAAGAUCGUGUUUCAAGGGAACUAUUCUUAAAGUAUUUGCACAUUGACAACAUCUCAAAUGAAUGUAAAUAUUGUAUAAGUACAAUUCUUCUACAUGCUUUGCUACAGCUUUUGAGGCUUAGUAAGGACAAAAAACCAACAAUAGCUGAUGCCCAAACAGAUUUCGUAACACUCGUUGCAACACGUAAUGAUAUUCAACCCACAAUAAUUGAAUUGAAGAACCAGUUUGCGGUAAGAAAGGAGAAACUACAGCCGAGAAUUAUCGUCGUUGGAUCAGAUUGGUCAUCCAUUUCAGAGUUUUAUGUUUUUUGCGAUGGUCUGCAAUGGAAAUGUACUACGUAUAUGAAGUGCGUUGACUGCAUUAUUAAACUAUCGUACGUUUAUAAGAUAGAGUAUUCACAAAGAAGCAAGCAAGUAUGAGCAUUUUUAGAACAACAUUUUUUUGAGUUGAAAUCGGAAGAAUAUUCUUCAGUGGCAAAUCUUUUGAGUAAAUUAAACUAAUUUCGUCUAAUUUUGCUAUAAUGGCCAAUUUUGCUUGUUUCAUUUGUCAAAAAGCUCACUUAAAUCCUAUAGAGCUGAUUAAACAUCUAAAGUCAGCACAUGGUACUCCACCAGUUUGUAAAUUUCAAUGUAACGCAUAUAAUUGCAAACAAAUUUUUUAUAACAUUUACAGAUUUCAAAUUCACCUCAAAAAACAUUUGAAAAAAGAAAUUCGCAAUAGCCAAUCUUGUAAAGAAAAUUCUCUUGCUCUUAAUAUUCCAAUUCAAACAACUAGUUCAUCAAAUCAACUAGUACCAAUUCAAAAUAUUACUUCUUUAAAAGAUUCAAUGAUCGCGUUUCUACUUCAACUGCAUUCCAAAACGAAUUUUUCUCCAAUAUCUGAAAUAUUAAGUGCCAUUAGUAAUUUUCAAGAAAAUAAUUCUAUACUUGAGGAAGUAAUUAAAAUUAUAUCUCAGCCAUUUUAUGAUUUAACCACCGAAUACAAAUUUUUCAAAGAAAUAGAAAAACUAGACCUGUAUAAACAUCCGCAAAAAUAUAUUGUUAGCGACGAACUCUCAGAAGUCAUACUUAAUAACAACCCAACUUUAACCUCAGCUAGAACCGAAAUAACCCCACCAGACAUUCCUUUUCAAAUUUAAAAUUUUUUUGAGAGUAAAGGGAUCUUAGAGGCAAGGCUUUUAAAUAUGAAAAACUUUUCAGAAAACCUUCCUUAUACUCAUUUCAUCAAUAGCAGCUUUUGGCAAAAUUCAAAGAAAAAUAAUGUAACGAUUCCAUUUUUUUUGUAUAUGGAUGACUUCGAAAUUAAUGAUCCUUUGGGCAGUAAAUCUGGCCAACAAAAAAUAUGCGGUAUAUAUUAUAACUUUCCAAGCGUACCUCAGUACCAACUUAGCAAAUUAUCAAAUAUAUUUGUAGCAGGGUUUGUUAAAGUUCGAGAUCUACAAGAUUGUGGAUUUACUGAUUGCCUUACACCACUUCUGAAUAUUUUAAAAACAUUGGAAAUUAAUGGCCUUCAAAUAAAUGUAGAUGGCAAAAGCUGUAUGAUACAUUUUAAACUAGUACAAAUUUUAGGCGAUAAUCUUGUUCUUAACACUGCAUUAGGCUAUGUCAGUUCUUUUUCUGUGAAUUCUUGGUGCAGAAUAUGCAAAAGGCAAAAACUUCAAAUUCGUACAGAUUGUCUUGAAGUCCCGAACUCAUUACGAACUAGAAGUAGUUAUAAUAGCGAUAUUUUACUUAACAAUCCUGUUGUUAGUGGCAUUAAAAAUGUUUCGAUAUUUAAUUCCUUGUCAAACUUUCAUGUAACCGAUAACAUUGCUUGUGACAUAAUGCACGAUUUAUUUUUGGGUGUUUGCAAAUAUAAUUUUUCCAAAAUUUUACAUUAUUUUGUGUAUGAAAAAAAGUUUUUUUGUUUAGAAACUUUCGAUUACAGGAAACAGAUGUUUCAGUAUGGGGAUACAGAAAUUGGCAAUAUAAGUCCACCCAUUCAAAAGCACCAUAUACAAAACGCUUCAUUCAAAAUGAACGCGAGACAGAUGAAAACAUUUUCUCACAUGAUACUGCUCAUGGUAGGUGAUCUAAUUGAUCGAGAUGAUUUAGUAAAUAAAUUCCUUAUUCUGUUCGUAAGACUAAUUGAUCUGCUUUUGCUAUCUAAUUACAACGAUACAAUUUUAAAUGAUCUCCAAUUAUUAAUUGAAGAGCAUAAUUUUACGUACCAAAAAUUAUUUAAGGAACAUCUGAAACCAAAGUUUCAUAACCUAGUGCAUUAUCCUACAAUAAUUAAAAAAUUGGGGCCAAUAAAACUUUUAUGGACAUUUCGGUUCGAAGCUGAACACCAGUUGCACAAGCAAUACGCGCAAAGCAUUACCUCCAGAACAAAUGUUCCAUUAACAUUAGCAAUUAAAUCCUCCUUACGAUUCGCUCACUGUGUUUUAAAAAACAAUUUUUUUCAGCCAGAAUAUAGUUUUAUAAAUAUUGAAGAAAUUAAAAUGGGAUGCAAUGAACAUUUGUCAUCUAUAAAUUUGAAUUUCAGCUUGUACAAGAGAACAAAUGAAAUUAUGUUCCGAGGUGUUAAAUUUAAAAUUGGCCACAUAGUUACUGUAACUAUAAAUGAAAAUAUAAAUAUAUAUGAAGUAUUGGAUUUUAUAAUUAAAGAAAAUAAUGUAGAAAUUGUUGGAAAAAAAUGGACACACUUAAAUUUUUCAGAAAGGUUUCAAUCAUAUCUUAUGGGGCCCGUUACAGAAAUAUAUGAUGUCAUAAAUUUGAUAACGUUAGAUGGUCCACCUAUUCACUUUGAUUUGCUUAAUAAUGGCCUUAAAGUUUUAAGACAAAAGAAGUAUUGGUAAUUUAAUUUAUUGAUUUCUUAUUUAAUGUGUAUAAUACUUAUAUAUUUUAUUUGCUAUUUAUA